GCUUAUUAGUCAGCCACUCGGAGUUUUCGGUUUGUUAGAUCAUUCUGGAAGAAUCGUGUGUUCUCGAAAGUGAAGGUUAUAAAAGCAAUUUUCAGCGUUACUAAGGACAGAAGGACGUCAAAACCGGACCAGAAUUAUCACACAGGGACCAGCACAUAAUUUAGGAGCAUACUACAAAAGAAAAAGCCCAGCCUGCCACCAUGGUAAAGGAAAUGAAGUAUUACGACAUCCUGGGUGUCAAACCCAGUGCCACACCGGCAGAACUGAAGAAAGCGUACCGGAAACUCGCCAUGAAAUACCAUCCCGACAAGAACCCAGAUGCAGGAGACAAGUUCAAAGAAAUUUCCUUGGCGUACGAAGUCUUGUCAGACGAGAAGAAGAGGAAAAUUUACGACGAAGGCGGCGAGCAGGCGAUCAAGGAAGGAGGCACGGGCGGCGGGAACUUCCACUCUCCCAUGGACCUGUUUGACAUGUUCUUCGGGGGAGGGCCACGGUUUGCAUCACGGGCUUCCACACGCGAGCGUCGCGGGAAGAACGUGGUUCACCAGCUGUCUGUAUCGUUGGAGGAGCUGUAUAACGGUGCCACCAGGAAACUCGCUCUCCAGAAAAACGUCAUCUGUGAGAAGUGCGAAGGUCGCGGAGGUAAGAAGGGCGCGGUGGAGAGCUGUCCCAACUGUCGCGGCACCGGUAUGCAGGUUCGUAUCCAGCAGCUGGGACCCGGAAUGGUCCAACAGAUCCAGUCCAUGUGUAACGAGUGUCAGGGGCAGGGCGAGCGCAUCAACCCUCGCGACCGCUGCAAGACCUGUAAUGGCAGGAAGAUCGUCCGAGAACGCAAGAUCCUGGAGGUGCACAUUGAUAAAGGUAUGAAGGACGGACAGAAGAUCACGUUCCACGGUGAGGGCGAUCAGGAGCCUGGUCUGGAGCCGGGCGACAUCAUCAUCGUUCUGGACGAGAAGGAGCAUCCCGUGUACCACCGUAACCAUGGCGACCUACUGAUGAAGCUGGAGAUCGAGCUCGUGGAGGCGCUGUGCGGAUUCCAGCGUCCAAUCAAAACCCUGGAUAACAGGACACUACUCAUCACAUCUCAUCCUGGAGAGGUUAUUAAGUACGGUGAUGUGAAGUGUAUCGUGAAUGAGGGAAUGCCGAUGUACCGUAACCCGUUCGACAAGGGUCGUCUCAUCAUCCAGUUCGUGGUCAACUUCCCCCCAGACGGCUUCCUGCCAAAGGAGAGACUUCCCGAGCUAGAAGCACUCAUGCCAGAGCGUGAAGAGGUCUUGGAAACAGAUGACGCUGAGGUGGUGGAUUUAGUCCGUAUCGACCCCUCGCAGCAGCGAAACCGUUUCGCCGGAAACGCGUACGACGAGGACGACGAACACCCCCACAGAGGAGGAGUCCAGUGUGCCACCCAGUAAACAAACAAACAAACCAACAACAACAAACCAGCUGCAGCAAAAUUAAAUCACCCUUCUUCAAACUUAUUCUUUACCAAAUUACCUCAUUUUAAGAUUUUUAAUUUUGUAGAACAACCCAGGAGGGUUCUACGGCAAAGAAAAAAACAAGGAAAAUCGGUUCCCUAUUUAAGAAAAAAGCAGGCAGUGUCCAUAGGAGAAACAGUAUCUUGCAUCUUGGGAACAAGGACCCAUGGAACUACCAAUUCCUCAUUGAUUAAACAGCUUUGUCUUGUAAAAUUGUAUUUGAAUGUGGCCGAGAUUCAGCGAUGCACUUUUCCAGACCUUGCAGGCAUAGUAUGUACUGUAAAUCUUGAAAUAGUUGCUGUAUUUUUAUGUUCACAGUUUUCACAUCCAACAAAUCAUGAAGAACACAGAUUUUCCAUAAGUAACACACUGAGUGCUCACUGCAAACUAGUAACAACUAGUACCAACACAGUAAACACUCCUCUUUCCCCCUUGCCCUCAAGCUUGAAUGCAUUUACAGUAUUUAGUGAAAGGGCUUUCACUAAACACUGUGUCAAGUACACCCAGCUUUUAGAUGCGAUGACUAUGUGCUUGCUACAAGGGACAAGCUUGUAGCAAAGAUAUAAAUGUAUUAAAGUAAGUAAGUUUCUUAACUGUUAGCUGCUAGAUGUGUGUGUCUAUGUAACUGUAAAGGACGGCACCCGAAAUAUUUCCAAACAUCAACUAGCAGUGAAUUAAUAAAGGCUAAUACAGAA